UUGAGUACAUUCCUGAUGGGUGCUGUCGUUCUUCAGGUGAAGUCUCAGCAGGCAGAAGUGAUACGGAUCCUUGAAAGUAAAAGCAUCCAAUACGAGCUCAUCGACAUCUCUGUGGGCGGGGAACUUCGUGACGAAAUGAGAAGCAAAGCAGGGAACCCCACUGCAGUUCCCCCCCAGCUUUUCAACGAGGACCAAUACUGCGGGAACUAUGAAAUGUUUUCUGAGGCGGUGGAAGCUGAUACGGUGGAUCAAUUUCUGAAACUGGUGUGAGGAGGGCGGAGAGUAAUUCUCCAUCUUAACCCCAGUCCCACAGCCACCUACGCCCUACGCCCUGUGCCCUAAUGGAGGGCCUUUAUCCAGUCUCUCUCUACACCACUGGCAGUGUCCACUCACUUUCAAUGCCAUAAUGAAGAAUGCCAAAUAUCUUAUAUCCAACUAAUCAGAAGACACACAUUCCCCCUACUGCACCAUUAGACUCUAAAUCAGUCUUAAUCUGUUUGAUUUUUAUGUGUUUUUUUUUCCUGUUCUUUCCUUUUGGUUUCUUUUAGACCAUCUCCCUGUCUGACAGACUAGUGUUACUAAGUGCUCCUUGUCCACUAGGAAUCAAUGAGGUGUCUAAAUGUGCGGUAAUUAGGUCGACUAAUCUUGGCUGUGGCCACAUGAUCGCUGGAGAUUAAACUAAUCCACUGGAUGACUGCAUUCAACCCAGAAUCCUUCUGAUCCGCUGCAGACCAAAUGCACCAUCAUCACUCAGUCUUAACUACUUUUGUCGUCUUUUUCUGUAGCCUUCAAGUUCCCAUGUUGUACAUGACUGCACACUAUUUGUACUGCACAUGGAUGCAAAUGCACACCGAAGUAGCAAGGAUUAUUAUGUCCUUAAACCCAAUUAAUAAACAACUAUAGUGGCUAAAGGACGCCUUUUGUGGCGUGGACAGCCUUUUGUAAUAUUGGUCCAUUGGUCACCUUAUGCAAUGUAUGACAAGGUUUGGUUGUGAAAUGGGAACCUGUUCUAGCCCUCUGAUGUCCUGUGCUGACCUGCUUCUAAGGGCGAUAAUGCCACCAGAACCCAAAAAAGUGUAUUUGAUUGACAAAUAUUUAAAAUACAAAUUACUUCAGCUAGAUGCUAGUACUUGUCUGUGCAUUAACAUUAACAUUAAAUGUGUACCCUGUGGUACUAAAGCUAUUUUUACAUUCAAUGUUUCUCAACAAAACGCAUUGUCCUUGAGCUCUACCAAACAUGUUGAGUGCAUGUCCUUCCCUUCCUUACAUUUGCAAUGAUGAUUUUAAAAAGAACUUUUAAAUUGUGCAAUGUUUACAUCCAUGUUUUCUAGCUUUGCAGUCAUCUUCCUCUCUGUCUUUUUGAACACAUUGCUGCUCUGCGUGUUACCACCCCAAACCAUUGAUGUGAAACUGGCGGCAGGAAUGCGUAUCGGCUGUGUGCAUGAAACCAAUGAAACGGGGGCCCACGUGUAAAAACGUUUCUCUAUAGCGCUAUAAAGCUGAAUUGGGUGAAAUCUAUUGAUAUUCAAAAUAGCCACAUAAUUGCACACAAAGAAUAUUUAGUUUUGUCAACCGUAUAUUGUGUAUUUUUAUUAUGGAAACUAGGGUAACACCAAAAGGUCUCAGUAGACAUUGCCAUCAGCCUCAGUGUCUUGUUUUUUUUUUUUGAUUCUACCACUGGGGACACCCAAGAAAUUAGUCAGAAUUUUGAAAUUUUCAAAUCGUGUACAUUGGGGCUUUAAGUAUUCCUUGGUGACAAGGGCCAUAGCUACAAUUUAGUACAAAGAGGUCAUGCCCCAUGUAUUUUGUCCCCCGAUUAGGGACCUGUGGGGGGCAAUUAACAUGCUGGAAUUGAACGUUAUAGGCUGAUCCAGUGAUCUAUGUAUUUACAUUUUAUGUUUUAUUUGGGAACCAAACACUCUCAUUAGACAUAUUAUAAUGGUCACCAAUGGGUCAAACUUAUUAAGAAAGUUGGUAUAAUCAGUGGUAGAGCACUUCAGUAGUUAGCUGCUUAAUUUUAGCAUCCAGUCGAGCAGGAUGAACACAUUUCUUAAUUCACAUUUGGUGCCAAUAUAUAUCUGUAAUGCGCUUUUGCAGGUGGAUAUUCACUGUAGUAUUAGCACUUUCCUGCCAUCUUCUACAUUUACCAUAAUCUGUUCAACUUGAAAGCUUGGUUCUUGGCACAGAUGGGUGCUCUGUAUUGUUGGCUAACAGGGUAGGAAGGGAGCAUUUAAUGUGGAUUGUAGAUGAUUAGACUGAAAAGAUGUGAAUCUUCUGGCUUUCAACCAUGUAGCUUUCCAUUCCUCUGUUUAUUUUACGUUACAGUUUCACUGAUUGUUCUGGGCAUGAAGAUGCAGUAAUGUGACUAUGCACUGAAACCCUGCCUCAUUCUGAACACAGACAAAAAGGUCAAAGCUGGUGUGUUUAGGCUGACCUGACUUCUUACUAGCCUUAGGGAACACUCAACACAUGGGGAAAAUGAAGGCUUCACUUCUUUGUGCUUUUAUGUAUGCGCACUCAUUCAAUUGAUUGAUCUCAGUUGAAAUGUAAUGUUCAUGGAUUGGGUCCCUUGUGAGGUUUUUAAAAUUGCAAGCAACAUGGUUUCCCUCUCUUCCUCAUAUCUGUCAAACCCCACUGUUUUCAAAAUUGUGUUUGGGAUCCCUAGUCAUGACGGCCUUCACACACGAUGUUUGUGCGCUGUUUUGUAAGUCGAUGGUUGUUAGAUGUUUGCCUAAUAUUGAUGUAUCUUCACUAUCAAUCAUGUUUUAGACAUUCCAUGUCUCUCUCUGAGAUCCUGCUUUGCUUUUGGACCAAUUCCCCUUGGCCAAAAAAAGAAGAAAACAGGGAAUCAAAUGCUGUGUGUCUUCCAAGAAGAUUGUGAAAAGUGAUUUAUGGGUUAAAAAAAUAAAAUGGAGUUGAAUCUA